UAGUUUCAAGUGAUUUACGAUAGUAGCCUAACUUCACGAUAAUCUUGUAAAAAUAUUUUACAAUUAUAUUAAUACUCUUUUUACAACCAUUAUAAGAAGACUUGUGAAUAGACUUUGAUUUAUAAUACGUAGCGUUACAGACGUAAUCAAGGUAAAACCAUGAGCGAUAAAUUUAUGAAGAAAUAUUGUUAAGAAUAGUACUGAUCGGUUAUGCUUACCAUUAUUGUCUCAAAGACAACUUGUAAGUAAUUGACAACAUGGAAUAUAAUCGUGAACCGUGUCCCUGGAGAAUAGUGGACGAUUGCGGAGGUGCCUUCACCAUGGGCGCCAUUUGUGGCACACUUUUUCAAAGCGCCAUCGGUUUCCGAAACGCACCAUCGGGAUUCCAACGACGUCUCCACGGCGGCCUAACGACAGUAAAAAACCGUGUUCCUCAAAUCUCCGGCAACUUUGCUGUUUGGGGCGGCCUUUUCUCUGCUAUCGAGUGCACCUUGAUCCGCUGUCGUCGUAAAGAAGACCCGUGGAAUUCCAUAUUAAGCGGAGCGCUGACUGGAGGCGUUUUAGCCGCAAGAACCGGAUUUGUAUCGAUGAUAGGCAGCGCUACCGUUGGUGGCAUCUUCUUAGCUCUCGUUGAAGGAUUCGGAAUAAUGGCGACGCGACUUCACGCAGAUUCUUUCGCUCAACACAUGCAGAUGUACGAAAUGGAGAAUCUUCCGGAGUUCACCGGACUUGCGCCGAAAGCGAGGAUAAGUUUCACUGGCGCGCCGAUUAACGUGGAUGUGCCGAUGCAGAUGAAUGGUAAUAGCGUGGAGGUUGAUAUGAUCAAAGGUAGAUGA